AUGGCUCCUAAUGCUUCCUGCCUCAGUGUGCAUGUUCAUUCCAAGAAAUGGGAUUUAAUGACCUUUGAUGCCAACCCAUAUGACAGCGUGAAAAAAAUCAGUGAACACGUCCGGUCUAAGACCAAGGUUCCUGUGCAGGACCAGGUUCUUUUGCUGGGCUCCAAGAUCCUAGAGCCACAGAGAAGGCUCUCAUCUUAUGGCAUUGACAAGGAGGAGACCAUCCACCUUACCCUGAAAGUGGUGAAGCCCAAUGAUGAGGAGCUGCCCUUGUAUCUUGUGGAGUCAGGUGAUGAGGGGCAGAGGCACCUCCUCCAGGUGUGAAGGUCCAGCUCAGUGGCACAAGUGAAUGCAAUGAUCGAGACCAAGACGGGUAUAACCCCUGAGACCCAGAUUGUGAAUUGCAAUGGAAAGAGACUGGAAGAUGGGAAGAUGAUGGCAGAUUAUGGAAUCAGAAAGGGCAACUUACUCUUCCUGACAUCUUAUUGUAUUGCAGGGUGA